GCUCGGUCGGGCCGGCUACACCGCCCAUUUCCACCGUUACGCGCGGUAUAUGCCAUUAGGCGCACAUUAGCAAAAACCUCUCUGGUUCCCCCAGCACACGAUAGUUGUUCUCGUCUCCCUCCGGAGAGAGAGAGAGAGAGAGAGAGAGGAGAGGAUGGCAGCAGCGCGGCAAAAGGCAGCGACGACGCUGCAUUACCUGAUAAGAAACCUCCAGAAAGAAAACGCCAAGCCCCUCAAUCGACCACUCCCAUCCCUCAGGCGCGCCUUUUCUCUCUACGAUCAGAUCAAUCUCAUCGACAGCGUUCCCGAAGACCAACUCCGAUUCCAAGGGUACUUGGACACGGGAUUUACGGUAAAUGGCGUUGACUAUGAAGGCAGCUUGCUUAUCAUUGACAAAUUGCUCUUGUCAUGGAGUCCCAAAAGAUUUUCAGAGGUUGCCCCAGAUAGUUUAUCCAUGUUCCAACUUCUGCGGCCUGCACCUGAGAUUCUGAUACUUGGCUGCGGACGGUACAUAGAGCAAGUAGAUCCUGAACUCCGACGCUUCAUUCGGUCCACCGGCAUGAAAUUAGAAGUCCUUGACUCGAGGAAUGCUGCAUCAACUUUCAACAUAUUGAAUGAGGAAGGAAGAAUGGUAGCAGCUGCUAUGCUCCCAUAUGGAGUUUCUUCGUGAAUCGUCAUCUGGGCCCACCUGGAAAGCUAUCCAUAACCCUUUUAGCGGUGUUGGCCAAGAACACAAGAAGCAGAUGCAUGGUAUUUACAGCAUAGGAUCUACGAGCGCUUCUUCCUCUUGGGUUCAUACCUGAUGAAAGGAACAUGUUUUUUUUCCCCAUUCUCCUCUCUCUCUCUCUCUCUCUCUCUCUCUCUCUCUCAGGUGCUGAUUUUGGAAUAAUUUUUGUAACAUAGGGUGCGUUUGAUUGUACCACAUCAUGAAAUUUCGUCAUGCACCAAAUUAGCCCGAUUGAUCAUGAAAUUUGACAAUAUUCGGUGCAAGCAAAUGCACACUUUAUUAGGUUUUGCACAUGUGAAUUGCAGCUUAUCUGGUUAACAAUUUCUGGACAUCUGCAUUCAAACAUGUAACAUUUGCAAUAUGUUUUUGAUGAAUGGUUGGAAUCAAAAUUUAAGGUCC